CUAUCUCCAUCCGCAGCUCCAAAGCCCAGUCCAGUAUCAGCAGAGCAUACGCUGCUUCGUCUUCCUCGUCUUCCUCCUCAUCCUCGUCUUCCGCAAUGCCUUCCUCUGCCUCUUAUCUAGGACCCACACCCGCGUCCAGCACACCCCGCUUCAAGCUGCCAGAAGUGUCCGGCCAUCGAGACGUACACGAUAAUGACGCCAAGCUGCUCAGCAUCAGUCGAGAUUUCCGUAGUGAUACAUUGACUAUCCCAACGGACAGUAUGAUGGAGGCGAUGAAGCUCGCCAGUAGGGGCGAUGACGUCUAUCAGGAAGACGAGACGACUACAUCCUUCCAAGCAUCCAUCAAUGCUCUCACAGGCAAGGAGGCCUCCCUCUUUGUCGUCUCCGGCACCAUGUCCAACCAGCUCGCCCUGCGCUCCCACCUUAUGCAACCGCCCUACUCCGUCCUGCUCGACGUACGCAGUCAUGUCAACAAGUACGAAGCAGGCGGGCUAGCCUUCCACUCUGGUGCUACCUCCAUUGCUCUCACGCCUAGCAAUGGCAAGUAUCUCCGCUGGGAGGAGGAUGUCCUGCCCAACUUGGUGGAAGAUGAUGGAGAUGUCCACUUUGCACCUACAAGGGUCGUCUCUCUCGAAAAUACUCUGGCAGGGAACAUUUUCCCGCAAGAGGAGAUUCUGAAGAUCUCAACGGGAUGCAAGGAGAGGGGAAUCAUCUUGCACUUGGAUGGAGCGAGACUGUGGAAUGUGGCGGCACAGACGGGAAUGUCUAUGGAGGAGCUCUGUGAGCCCUUUGAUACCGUCAGUCUCUGUCUCAGCAAAGGGCUUGGAGCGCCCGUGGGCAGUAUCCUCAUCGGCCCCCAGUCUAUAAUCCGGAAAGCCACCCACUUCCGCAAACUCUUCGGUGGUGGACUUCGUCAGACUGGUCCUGUAGUAGCAGCGGCUCGUGUAGCCCUCGAGGAGCAUUUUUACAAGCUCAAAGGAACUCAUGAAUUGGCAAAAUGGAUGGAAGGAGAGUUGCGGGAGUUGGGUGUGGGGAUGUUGCAGGAGGUGGAGACGAACAUGCUCUGGCUCGACCCCUCUCCCAUCGGCCUCAGCAACGCAGCAAUAAACGCCCGUCUAAAGGCGCUCCAUCCCACCCCCAUCAAGGCAGGUCUACCGCGCGUGGUGAUCCACCAUCAGACAGAUCCUGCUGCUGCGCGAGAGCUGGUGGAGGUGAUCAAGGAGAUGAAGCGCGAGAGGGAGAGCGGGAAGAGGGGAGAGGUGGUGGGGAAUGGAGAGAAGAAGGGGACAUAUGGUCGGUGAAGCCCCAGGCCCAGGCAGGGGCUGGAUAGGUUGGAAAUUGUUUAAAGACCAGCCUCCUGCUCCCUCAAUGCAUCUUCCGCAUCUGC